AUGCCUGGCCGAGUCGCGACGGCGCAGUCAGAGCUCAGCCCCGCAUCAGAGCAGGACCUGGAGGCCGGCUCCCCGCAGUUCAGCAUCGCCGCAGUCAAGCCGCACUCGCCGCAGCCGACGGCGCUGCACCUGCUGUCUGACGCGGCCACGGCAGCAGCUGCGGCGGCGGCGCUGCCGCUCCGCUGGCUGAGCCGGGGGCGGCUGCCGCUCUCCCGCCGCACCCGCAGCCUUGAGGUGCUCUCGCUGGGGCGGGAGCAGUCGGCCCCCUACCUGCCGGGCAAGCAGCCGCUGCCGACACAGCUGGCCAGCCUGACAGAGGAGCAGCACAGCCGGCGGCAGCUUGUGGCGCAGCGCUGGCAGCGAGCCUGCCGGGCGCUGAUGCAGGGGCGGGAGGUGGCCGGGUGCAUCGACCUGCUGGGCAACAGGCUGGCGCCAUCAGGCGACCGCCUGCAUGCGGCAGUGGUGCUCAAAGCGCGGCUGGCGGCCUGCCCCGCGGCCAAGCAGCGGAGGCUGGCAUGGGCGCUGCUGGCACGGCGGCGGGCGGGCAGGGUGGGCUGCCGGGAGCAUGCCCUCAACGAGCUCUUCAUCACAGGCGAGUGCAUCUUUGGCUUCUUCACUCCGCCGCCCAUGGGCAGCCACCGCCCCUACUUCAUCCCUGCGCUGACGGCCGUGCUGGUACUGCUGUACUUCUUCAUGGCUGGGCAGUACGGGCAGUACCAGGCAGUGACCAACCCUGCCGCCACCGCCUGCCUGGCGGCUGCACAGCGAAAUGGCACUGCCCCAGCUUGGGGCCCAGGCGCCAUGGUGGCUUGGAUCACGCCGAAGCAGCACGGCUGGUGCUUUGCUGGGAAGUCCCCCGGCAAGUUUGAUGCGCAGUACCUGAUCGACUGGGGUGCCCGCUGGGCUCCCGACAUGCGCCGCAGCCCCCAGCGCUGGCUCACCUCCGCCCUGCUGCACCAGUCCUUCAGCCACCUGCUGUCCAACUGCCUGCUGCUGGUGGGGCUAGGGUGGCCCAUGGAGGCCAACGCCGUGACCGAGGCGCCCUGCACCGCGGUGGUGGGCACCAGCGGCGUGGUGUUUGGCAUGGCGGGCCUCACCCUGGCCGACAUGGUCCACAACUUUGAGACGCUGAGCCGCCCGCUGCUGCGCGCCACCGUGCUGCUGGCCUUCCUCAUCUUCUUUGCCGUCACCGUCGGCACCACGCCCACCGGCACCUCCCACAUGUCCCACGUCGGCGGCUUCCUGUGCGGCCUGCUAUCCGCGCUGGUGCUGCUGCCAAACGUGCACAGCGGGCGGGGCGAGGCGGCGGCGACGGCGGCAGGGGCGGCGGGGUGCCUGGCCAUCUUCCUCACCCUACCCCUCUUCUUCUACCUGCGCCAGCUGCCGCACGCGGUGCUGCCCGCCCCAGCUGGCCUGGGGCUGGCCGCAUCACGCAUCAUCAGGCUGCUGGUGGCGGCCAGGGCUGCGCGGGGGUCGGCGGCCCUGUCCGAGGUGACGCUGCGGCGGCAGGGCGUGAGGCAGGAGCAAGCACGCGUCGCACCCAAGGGCCUUGGCAGCGGCCUGCCGGCGCUGCCCCUGCCCCGCAUCCCGCCCGGCGGCCUGCCGAGCUGCAGCCUGCAGGCCCAGACACCCUUCAUGCUGGUCGGGCAGAGCGCGGCCAGGGCUCCCAUGCUGGCCAUGAAGGGAGAUCGGCUGGUGCGGGGCCUGGCAGGGCUGGCAGCCACCUUCCUGCUGUGCAGGGCUGUGCGCACGCCCUUCACCGGCAGGCUGGCCAGGCUGCCCCCACGGCUGGUUGAGUUCCUGUUCCACACAGUCGUGGGCCCCGCCGCCGCUGUGUCCUACCUUAGCAUUAGCGGGGCCGGUAAGGUCGUAACCGCCAGCGACCGCGCCUUGUGCCAGCGCCACGAGCCCGCGCUGCAGCAGCUGUACAUGCAGCUGCGGCAGGCGGGGGAUGCCGAGGCCCGGCGCGACGGGCGCGGCGUGGUGUUUGCUUCCAAAGGCGCGGAGGGUGUGCAGGCCAUUGAGCGCCCGGACAUCAAUGCGUGCUGCCUGCCAGGCGGCCUCGUGUUCGUGCACAGCGGGCUGAUCAAGGCGGUGCAGGGGCGGCAGGACUCGCUGGCGUUUGUGGUGGGGCACGAGGUGGGGCACGCCAUCGGCAGACACAGCCUGGAAAAGGCCACGUCGAUGUAUGCGGGCCUGUUUGCUGUCGACGCGCUGGUGGGGCUGGCUGAGCGCCUGCUUAGGCGCCUGCCCCCGGGCGAGGAGCACGGCGACUGGGUGGCCUCCCAGCUGCGCACGCUGGAUGGCCUGCUGCAGAGCGGGCUGUACAUGUGGCAGCUGGGCCAGUCGCGGCGCCAGGAGUACGAGGCGGACCAGCUGGCGCUGCGGCUGGGCGCGGGCGCGGGCAUGAGCAGGCGAGAGGCGCGCUGGGCGGUGCGGCAUGUGGCUGAGACCGUUGGUGGAGACAGGAGCUCCCUCUUUUCGGGGGCAACCGAUGUGCUGCACAAGUUCAUGCGCAUGGAGGCUGAGGGAGGCGGCGCCACGCCCGCGCAGGGCGACAGCCCGCUGUCCACCCACCCCGCGGCGGCCAACCGCCUGCGACGCCUGUUUGAGCUGGGCGGCAGUAUCGCCUAA